AUGGGAUCAAAUGCUAGAUGGUCGAGAGAGAUCUCGGAGAGAGGCGCUAACUCCUUUGACAACACCCCUGGGCUUUACAUGGAUGACGAGGCUGAAGCUCAGACACUGCUUCGCGGUGACACCCACGAAGCAGCAAAGCAGAAGACCGGUCCUAUCAAGUCGACCAAUGAUGCUGUCUAG